GAAAUUAGACCCCUAUAAGGCAUAACAAGUCCAGAACAAGCCAGCGAUAGUUUCUUCACUGUUUACGAAGUCCACUCUUUUUACAAAACGAUUUGUUGCGUCGCCUUCCCACCUUUGGCCGGCGCGAGCAGGUUGUUUGAAAGAGGAUAAGGCCUUGCUGUGGGUCUGCAGCCAUGUCGCGGUAUCACUUUGUACUGGUGAUCUUUAUAUCAGUUUCCGCUGGCCAUUAUUUACACACCAAUAACAGGAAGUGCGUGGCGACCUGCCCUGACCUCAGUGACCCCGUGUGUGGCAGUAACCAGGUGACCUAUGAUAACGACUGCCUCUUGGAGCGGGCGCAGUGCGAAGACCUGAGUUUGCACAAGGUCGCGGAGGGUCCCUGUGAGUGCAACUCGAUUUGCAACGACGAGCAAGCCAGCGUGUGCGGGAGCGACGGCAAGACGUACGAGAGCGCGUGCAACUUGCAGAGAGCCAAAUGCAAGGACAAUCCCACGCUCCAACAGGUGGCUCAAGGACCUUGCGUCAUGGACCCAAAAAAUGCAACAGAAAAUGUACGGCGGAGGUUGACCCCUGUGUGUGGCAGCAACGGCAUCACGUACCCGAACCACUGCACUGUUAAACAUUGCAGCUUGCAACACCCGACGUUCAAAAGCCGGCAGGGGCUUUUGGGGUGGGCUCACAACCAACCCCAAAACCAUUAUUUUUCUUCCCUUCCACACUCGCGUGCAGUCCCGGAGUGCCCAAGAGCAGAGUGCACGAGGGAGUACAAGCCGGUGUGUGGGAGUGACGGAGUGACGUACAGUAACGACUGUCUCUUCGACAAAGCCCAGUGCAGGAAUUCUUCGUUGAGAGCGGUGAAGCUUGGGGAGUGUGACUUGGAUAACUGCGAUUUGACACUGUGCACAACGGAUUACAAGCCUGUGUGCGGGAGCGACGGUGUCACCUACGGGAGCCAGUGCCAGUUUGACAUUGCAGUGUGCAAGGAUGCAUUGCUAGUCAAGGCGGGAGAUGGAGAAUGCUCAUCUGUCUUGCAGUAAAGCUGCUCGGAUUAUCACACUCAUCAAGAGGAAGAAAAUUGUCACAAAACGUCUAAUCUAUUUUACGAAAAUGAUUGAUAUUACUGUAUAUGGUGCAAUAUAUAAUGGUAAUGUUAAAA